UCGUAUUUUUUAUCACACUUUUUACAUUUUUUUACAAAAACGAAAAAAUGUCUUGGACUGUCUCUUUCGAUUAUUUUACGAGUUUUGUUUGUAUUUCGACGUUUAUAUUCUGCUUCUAUAUGAUGAAAAGACCGAAAAGGUUUCCACCUGGUCCUUAUGGACUUCCGAUCGUCGGGUAUAUCCCGUUCAUAGGAAAAAAUCCCGCGGCCACAUUGUGGCAAAUGAAGGAAAAAUACGGAUCUGUGAUGUCUGUACAAAUGGGGCAGGACGAUUGGGUUAUAUUGAAUGACUUCGACAUUAUUAACGAGGCACUGGUGAAACAAGCGGAUAAAUUUUCUGGACGCCCUGAAAAUUACGUUUUCGAUCUGAUAACCACAGGCCGAGGUCUAGCCUCAAGAGAUUAUGGAUCUAUAUGGAAAGAGUUGCACAAGUUUGGAUUGAUGACUUUGAGAGGAUUCGGAGUCGGCAAGAAAGGAAUGGAGGCAAAUAUAAUCGAGGAAACGCCUUUUUUAAUUGAAAGUUUGACAACCAAUAACGAGAAGAGAUUGCAUGCAAAGCUUUUUCUUGCCGUGUCAAACAUUAUUAGCCGUGUAAUAUUGGGUUCUCGGUUUGAAUAUGAUGACAAAAAGUUUAUUCACAUGAUGGAAAUUGUUCAGAAAUAUGCCGAAAUCACAACACAUUCCAAACUCUUGACAGCGUUGUCAUUGGCCCCAAUGUUACGAUUCAUUCCGCCAUUCAAAGGAGUUGCAAAGAUAACCAAAGAAGAUUCAGACAGUAUGUUAGGAUAUUUACGUGAGAUAGUCGAGAAGCAUGAAUCAAACUUUGAAGAAAACGACAUCCAUGACUUUAUUGAUGCAUUUCUAGUUGAGAUUGAAAAAAGCAAUAAAAACGAUAAAACCUUCAACAAACAAAUGCUCAUUCAAUACAUUCGAGAUUUGCUUGACGCUGGAUCAGAAACGACAAGCACAACCUUAGGUUGGGCAUUGCUGUGCUUUGGAAAUUAUCCAGAAUGCCAGGAACGAAUAUCGGAUGAAGUUAUGAAAACAUUAGGUGAAGACGGUUUACCAAGUAUGAAACAUCAAGAUGAAAUGCCGUAUACAUGUGCUUUCAUACAUGAACUGAUGAGACAUCGAACGCUGGCCCCAUUGAGUGUAUAUCACAAGACCAACGAAGAAGCGACUCUUGAUGGAUACACAAUUCCCAAAAACACGACGGUCGCUCCAAAUUUAUGGGCAGUUCAUUUUGACCCUAAACACUUUGCAAACCCGGAAGAAUUUCGACCUGAGAGAUUUCUCGACCGUGACGGAAAAUUCAUAAAAUCAAAUUACGUGAUCCCCUUUUCAAUCGGUCCAAGAAGUUGCAUCGGAAAACAACUGGCCAAGAUGGAGAUUUUCAUCUUUCUAACUGCGAUAGUACAAAAGCUAAAGGUUUUGCCCAACCCGAAGAAACCCCUCCCGUCUUUUAAUGACGGUGGAUUCAGCUUACUCAGUUACCAACCUCAGAAUUUUGAAGUCAUUUUUGAAAGACGCUGAAUGAAUUGCUUGAUAUCUUAUACAUAAGAACAUUAUAAAACGGGUGCUUUGACUAACCCAAGAGUGCGAAAAUUUACUAAACGUAUAUUAUAGACUUUUAGACUCGUGUAACCGUGUAACUUUUUAUUAAAAUACUCUGAUAAAGAUUGAUCG